UGAUCCGCUUCAGUCUUUCGCAUUCAUGCUCUGAGCUUCCAGUGCGCCACCCGUUUCUAGGAUCCUGUCGGGCUCCUCUCAGCAGGAUCACACCAGUCAGCCGGAGCACAGGGAUGACUACAGGACUUCAGGUGGUUCAGAAACUCCAGCGGUGGUGCUCCAUACCCGAGACGAGAUGAUGUCUGCCAUAGAGACCGGUGUGUACCAUCCUGCCCAGCUGCUCAGCUGGAUCUACAUGUCCUUGCAAGACGCGCCGAGUAGCGCUUUUGAUUCCUUCAAAGUCGAAUCGGACACUUCAGCUCGGGACGUGAAUGAGCGAAGCGCAGCUGAUUUGGGCUCCAACUAUCUGAACAACUUCUUGCAACUUAACAGUGAGGUCCUGAGCAAAAAUUUCUACAAGGGAUCUUCUCCCUACGGAUCCCUCAGUAACAUCGUGGAUGGCCUGAAUUCUCUGGCAGACCACUUCUCAGAUCUGUCCCUGUCACCAGAGACACAGAAACCCAGCAAAAGGCCUCCGCCCAACUACCUGUGCCACCUUUGCUUCAACAAAGGACACUACAUCAAAGACUGCCCUCAGGCUCGACCUAAAGGUGAAGGUCUGACUCCGUAUCAGGGAAAAAAGAGGUGUUUCGGUGAAUAUAAGUGCCCCAAAUGCAAGAGGAAGUGGAUGAGCGGGAAUUCCUGGGCCAACAUGGGACAAGAAUGCAUCAAGUGCCACAUCAACGUUUACCCUCACAAACAGAGACCUCUGGAGAAACCGGAUGGCUUGGACGUCUCAGACCAGAGCAAAGAGCAUCCACAACACCUGUGUGAAAAAUGCAAAGUCCUCGGCUACUACUGUCGCCGCGUUCAAUAGCACCCCGUUACCCCUGGAGCGGCGAGGAUUAACGUUCUAAACGUGAUGUUUUUGUACUGUAAUGAAUCUUAACAAACAUAAUCUUUCCUCAGAAUAAAAGGCUCCCUCUGGGUGACGGUCGUACGCUUUUAAGCAUCUUGGCGAUUUUUAAGUGAAGUCUUUUCUACGAACCAAAAGCUGUGAAUGAAAUGUUGGUUCUGGUUUUUUUUUUUUUUUACACUGAACAAAUUUUGAAAUAAAUUUCUUACAAGUCUGUAUAUUUAAAAUAACUCACUGUAAAUGUAAUCAUGCGUUUUCUGUAUAAAUAUGCAAAUCUUUACUAAAAACAGCUAUGCAGUAUUAUUAUAAUUCUGUUCCAUGUUGGUAUUAUCAGUACUGGUUGGUACAUUGCUUUUGAAUAUAUCUAAAGCCAUAUAUUUUGUAGAAUAUUACAUGAAAGAAAGGAAUAUAUUAGCCACCUUAGUCCUUAUAUAUUGUUACCAUUGUUGUGAACAUGUCUGGCAGGUGAUUCAUGAUGACAAUGCUUAUUUCUUUACCAGAUGAAGUCAAAUGUCAGUGCACGAGGCCAAACUGAUUCACCUUUUGUAGGUGGGGUUUAUCUUGAGGCAAAGGGAUGAAAAUCUGAAAAAAGGUCAGGAAUCAAAAGAAAUAAAUGGUUUUAUGUACUUACUGUUUUUAA